CCGCUGGAGGGCGCAUAGACAGACAAGAGCGGGAAAAAGUGUUCGAAAGUCGUCCAUUCUUUUAUUAUUUUGAUCGUUCGGGAUCGAACAGAAAAGUUAGAAGACGACGGUUGGAAAAGAACGUCGUUGGGCGUUAUUGAAAUGAAGUUGUAGAAAAUGUUUACGUGAAGUUUACUUUUAUUUAACUACUUAUUAUGCAAGGAGAAUAAUGCAAAAGGAUGUUGGUAAAGCUGAAGAUGGACGAGCCUGAAGAGUGCAAGAUUGGCAUUAUGCCAGGACAUAUUCAUCAGGCAGGUAAAAUAGGAAUAGUAUCAAGAUCAGGAACAUUAACAUAUGAAGCAGUACAUCAGACUACAGCAGUGGGAUUAGGGCAGUCACUUUGCAUUGGUAUUGGAGGAGAUCCUUUUAAUGGAACUGAUUUUAUUGAUUGCUUAGAAAUAUUUCUCAAUGAUCCUGAUACUAAAGCUGGAGAUGUUGCUUUUAGUAAUAUGUAUAUAUUCAUCAUAUCUAAUAAAUCAUAUUAGAUUGUGUUAAUCCACAGUUAGUCAUGCCAAUAAGAAAUCCUUCUUUCCUUUCAAUAUUUUGUAUGUUUCACAUUUUAAGCUAAGAUAUAUUUUAAUUUUAUAAGUUUGUCUACUGCUUUAGUUAAUGUUGAAAUUGCUAUGAAAACCAAGCAUUUUCCACAUUUAUUUUACUUGGAGCAAAUAUAAAUGUGCUAUUACAUGAAGUUUCCUGCUACAUGAGCACACAUGUUUGUUUAUUACUUAAUAGUCAUUAGUGACCCAGAAAUCAAUAUGCUAUUAAACAUUAAUAAUACAAAGCUGAUAUCAGCAAUAUUUGCCAGAUACAAUCUCUUAUUUUUGUAACCACCAAAAAGGGGUUUGUAGGCAAAUAAACAAAUUUAUUAUGUCCUUUCAAUCCAACAUUCACCAGAGGUCAAGAACUGCUCAAAAGACAAUUUUAAUUCACAGAUCUUUAAUUAUAUGCAUUUUGGAUUGGAGUUUAUACCGAUCUUUCCUCAGUGUCGGUGUACUCUGCAUCAGUUUUGAGUUUUCUUAAUAACCUUACAUCAGUCACAGUUACAAACCCUGUUUGGUGGUUACAAAAAUAAUAAACAUUAAUAUGUAAUUAUAAAUUAUUUUCA